AUGGCUGCUGCUGCUGCUGCUCAUCUAGCUGCUCAGCCUCGUGUCAUGGUGCUACCCUUUCCUGCGCAGGGCCACGUCAUCCCGCUCAUGGAGCUGUCGCGCAAGCUCGUCGAGCACGGCUUCGAGAUCGACUUCGUGAACACCGAGUUCAACCACGACCGCGUCCUCCAGGCCUUGGCAGAGGACGGAGCAAUCCCAGGAGGAAUUCAACAUGCUCUCCGUACCGGACGGCCCGGGGCCGGCCGACGUCCACACCGACAUCGGCGCACUGGUCAAGGGACUACCGGCCGCUAUGUCCGGCCGCCUCGAGGGGAUGAUCAGGUCGAGGAAGACCAAGUGGAUGAUAGCGGACGUGUCCAUGAGCUGGGCCCUGGAGCUGGCCACCACGGCGGGCGUCCGUGUCGCCUUGUUCUCCACGUACUCUACAGCCGUGUUCGCGCUCAGGUUGAAGCUCCCAAAGCUGAUAGAGGAUGGUGUUGUUGA